AUAUGGCUGUGUACCAAUUUCAUUUGAUGGAUAUUUUAGCUCCAGUGUGCUAAUGCUGGUGAAAUCCAUUACUCCUGUUAGCAGCUGUUUUGGAAAAUAGUGUGUUUGAGUGUCUGUGUCAUAAUUGUGUUUGGGUACAUACUGUUUUCUUUUUCUUUGACCCGUGCUUUUUAACGGUUUCGCUUCAAGUGUAUGCUUAGGGUCUUUGAGUACUUGUCUGUUUGCCUGUGAGCGAGUGCCCAAGUAAUCCUUCUCCUUGCCAUUGCCGUGCGGGAGAGGGCUCAGAACACAGGCAAAGAUCUGCUUAAGAGCACUGUUGGUGCUUCCUGUUUCCAUAGAAACCACUCUACUGCCACUCCAGGCGCUGUAUCCAUAGUGACGGAACACAUGACAGGACCUCAGUGGUUACAUCAUUGUAGUGCCAUAGAUCCUGGGGGCUGGCUUUCAACUCGCUCUCACUUUUUCUAUUCCUCGCCCUCUCUCUGCACUUCAAUGGAAUGUGGGCUUCAUGGUGUGUGUGUUAGUGGGAGGGCAUGUGUGUGUAUGGAUGUCUAAGGGGCCUGUGAGGGCAAUGUGCCAUUUGGAGACGUGCUGCUGUUGAAUUUUGGCCAGCGGCAGGUGAGGCGGCACCCUGAGCCAAUGGGGGCGUUCUUGGACAAGCCGAAGACGGAGAAGCACAAUGCCCAUGGCGAGGGCAACGGCCUGCGCUUCGGCCUGAGCAGCAUGCAGGGCUGGCGGGUGGAGAUGGAGGACGCCCACACCGCCGCCCUGGGCCUGCCCCACGGCCUGGACGACUGGUCAUUCUUCGGCGUCUACGACGGCCACGCUGGCUCGCGCGUCGCCAACUACUGCGCCAAGCACAUCCUGGAGCACAUCGUGACCGGCGCCGGCGGGGCCGAGGAGCUGCGCAGGGCAGGGGGCUCGCCGACGGCGCCGGGCGGGGGCUCCACGACGCCCGAGCCCGUGGCGGUGGACGCGGUGAAGAGCGGCAUCCGGACGGGCUUCCUGGCGAUCGACGAGCACAUGCGCAGCUUCACCGACCUGCGCAACGGCAUGGACCGCAGCGGCUCGACGGCGGUGGGCGUGCUGAUGUCACCCGCGCACCUCUACUUCAUCAACUGCGGCGACUCGCGCGCGCUCCUCUGCCGCCGCGGCCGCGUCUGCUUCUCCACGCUCGACCACAAGCCCUGUAACCCGCGUGAGAAGGAGCGCAUCCAGAACGCCGGCGGCUCGGUCAUGAUCCAGCGGGUAAACGGCUCGCUGGCCGUCUCGCGCGCGCUCGGAGACUACGACUACAAGUGCGUGGACGGCAAGGGCCCCACGGAGCAGCUGGUGUCGCCCGAGCCCGAGGUGUUUGAGAUCGCGCGGGCCCCCGAAGACGAGUUUGUGGUGCUGGCCUGCGACGGCAUCUGGGACGUCAUGAGCAACGAGGAACUGUGCGAGUUCAUGCGCUCGCGCCUGGAGGUCUCCUCUGACCUGGAGCGUGUGUGCAAUGAGCUGGUCAACACCUGCCUACACAAGGGAAGUCGAGACAACAUGAGCGUUGUGGUUGUGUGUUUGCCAAACGCACCCAAAGUGUCAGAGGAGGCGGUGAAGAAAGACAACGAGCUGGACAAGUUCCUGGAGUCUCGUGUGGAAGAGAUUAUUGAGAAGGCGGGAGAGGAGGGCAUUCCUGAUCUGGUGCACGUCAUGAGAAUUCUCGCCACAGAAAAUAUACCCAAUCUCCCACCAGGGGGAGGCCUUGCCAGCAAGCACAGUGUUAUUGAAGCAGUGUACACUCGGCUGAACCCGCACAGGGAAGAGGAUGGGAAUGGUGCAGACCUGGAGGACCCCUGGUAGCUGUCCAGCGUGAUUGCCCGUCUCCCCGUGACCCCUUUUUACAGAAGACAUCUUUGCCUCACCUUUUGUCCCCCCUCCCCGUCCCCCCCGUCCCCCGUUUCCUAUGAUACCAAGAGAUCAAUUGGACCAGAUAUGAAACAUUCAAAAUCUUUUUUUUUUUUUCUUUUCUUCAAAACACAAAACACAAUCCAAAGGAUUGCAAGCACUCUUCUUUUUUCUAUGAAUGGGCUGGAGGAAAGAAUGAGAGAGAAAAAAAAAAAAAAACACAAAAGACCUUUGGUGUUUUUGGAAAACUCUUCUCCGUGAAUAAGAAAUACACACAUACACAUAGCACACCAUAGGAAGACAGUAAAAGACUUUUUUACUGCCAUUUUUUUCUGUUGUUGUUGUAGUCGUUCUCCUCCCGUGGUUGCUGUUGCCGUUGGUUUUUUGUUGUUUUUGAAUAUUGAUGAUGAUGAUGAUGCCGAUGAUGAGGACGUUUGUGAUGAAGAUGAUCGUAUAGACACUGGGCCUGAUGCAAGCCGUCUGUGGUGCCUUCUCUAUAACGACGGGGUUGAGCAAACCAACCAGGGCCAAGCCCCUGUGCCCCUAAAAAACACGUGGUUUGGACAGAAAGGGGGGGGGGGAUGGGGUUCCCUUUCUCCCCUUAUUAACCCCCAGC